AUGACUCUUGCUGCGGAAUGGAGCAGCUAUGUCAACGAGCGGAAGGGCCUUCGCGUCUCAAACAAUCUAAAAGGAUUUCAGAGGUCCAACUACUUCCUCUCGGUGCCAUAUCGCUACGGCAUUCCGUUAAUAAUUCUUUCUGUUCUCCUUCACUGGCUCAUUUCACAGAGUCUAUUCAUGGUCGGUAUCGAGGCAUGGGAUUCAGAUGGCAAACGCCACAAAACAAACGACUUCAAGACCUGCUGCUGGUCCAAUGUCGGGAUAUUGAGUACUACCAUAGUCGGGAUUGUCUUUUUGGCGGGUAUUAUAGGGCUCAGUUUUCGACGAUCCAAGUCUGGAAUGCCAGUCGUAGCAAGUUGUAGUCUUGCGAUUGCGGCGGCGUGUCAUCCUCAUUUUGAUCCUAAUAUCCAACACGGACACGGGGAUGAAGACGCAGAUAUGGAAAUGGAGGACAGGGGUCUGGAAAUGGCGCUCUUGCCUGUUCGAUGGGGUGCUGUGCCUGUGGAUGGGCCGUCGGGCCACUGUAGCUUCACGAGUGAUACUGUUAGAGAACCCGAGACAGGAGGGGUGUCGUACCAGUGA